GAGCCAUUUCCGAUAUCCUCACGUCCCCUCGGAAGUAGAAAUAUCAGUCCGUUCUUUUUAUUUUUGAUAUCAAUCUGGUAAACCCCUUUCUCCCAUAAGUAUUAAAAUGGAGACAACAAUGGGCAAGUAACAGCUCAGAAUCAAAUUCACCCCUUUGUUUUACUUACACUUAAUGGACCGGAUGAUUUCCAACUGUGGUUCUUACAGCUUUGCAGGGGAGGUAGCUGUAUCCAGUGGGGGGGUAGGCGAGUCCAAGGGUUGUGAUGAAGUUUGCAGAACCCUUGGAAAGCCAGAGGCUGUCUUUUCUUUUGGAAAAGGCAGCCUCUAGGGAAGCUAACAUGUGGAAGGUGUAUGUGCCAAAGAAAGUACCCACCCAGGUCCAGGAUACAGACAUCUCCAAUGACCAGCGUGACGAAGCUGUCCGCUGGCUCACUGCCUUGCACAGCAAGCUCCACCUCUACCCUGAGACCCUCUCCCUGGCCAUCAGUAUUUUAGACAGGUUUUUAGCAUCCAUAAAGGCCCGUCCAAAGUAUCUGCGCUGCAUUGCCAUCGCCUGCUUCUUCCUGGCCACCAAGACCAGCGAGGAGGACGAGCGUGUUCCAUUGCUGCAAGACCUGGCCAGCACCAGCAGCUGUGGCUGCUCUCCAUCAGAGAUCCUGAGGAUGGAGAGGAUCAUUCUGGAUAAGCUGAGCUGGGACCUGCAUGCUGCUACACCGCUGGACUUCCUCCAAAUAUUCCACGCGAUGGUGCUGUCCUGCAAGUCCCCGUUCUUAGUGGGGCUCCUGGGGUUGGACCCUUCCCAGCACAUGGCCCUGUUGACUCAGCAGCUGCACCACUGCCUGGCAGACCACACCCUGCUGCAGUUCAAGGGCUCCAUGCUGGCCCUGGCCCUCAUCACCCUGGAACUGGAGACACGCUGUCCGGACUGGCUGGCUCUUACCAUCGACCUGCUCAGGAAAGCACAGAUUGAUAGCUCACAGUUAAUCCGCUGUCGAGAGCUGGUGGCACAUAGCCUGUCCACAUCCCAAGCUUCCCUGCCUCCCAACACUGUUUAUAUCUACCAGCCUCUGCACCAGAGCCUGGUUCCCCGUAACCGGGGGUGCCCUGUGGCCCCCCACAGGGCCCCCCUACCCCCGGCCACAGCACCUGCCCAGGAACCACCGCACGGGGCCUCUGGUACCACCACCCAGCUGGUUACGCUCAAGCCCUACCACCACCACCCCCAUCUCCAGCGCCCCCAGCAACAAGUCCACCGGCGCUGCAAGCAUUCCUCGAAGCGGAAGGUGGAGGAGAUGGAGGUCGACGACUUCUACGACGGGAUCAAGCGCCUCUAUAACGAAGAGAGCGCCCACGAGGGGGCAGCCGGGGAGGGGCAAGGGCUGGGGUGCGGCGUCCUGCUGGUUUGGCAGGAGGGCAGCACCUCCCCCUGCCCCCCUCUGCAGCCAGUCAGUGUCACCUAGAAAAGAGAAAGAAAACCAAGGCCUUCUCUUUAUCCAAAUGGGCUGCUUAGAGGAAGAGGAAACGUGUUCAGCACAUACGGGCAUUAAUGUCUCCCCAGACUAGAUUGAGCCAAAAAAAAAAGACAUGACAAAAAAAGCUGCUACUUCAUAUCUAUUUGUUGAACACAAAUAUAUAAAAGGUAAAAAAAAAAAAAAGAUAUAUAUUAAUUCAAAAUGUCCAUCAAAGAAGUUGAUUUUCUCAGUGUUUCUGACUAAUGUAAAAUGUCGGUGUGUCAACUUAUCUCUGUCAACUCUAACCACUUCUGACUUUCUAUAUAUAUAUACAUGUUGUUUUUCUUUAGCUUUCACCUCUUCCACUGCAUGUUGUCACUCUCCACAUCACAGUCACCUUAACGUAUAUUUGAAUGUAGGAAAUGUUGCUUGUAUAGAUGGAUGGUUGUGUGUUUAACCAAGUAGGACAAGUGAUGGUGCAAGUGCAAUUUCUUGUAAGAUUCUCUUAUAUUAAUCCACCCCCAUAUAAACACCAUUGUUUCAUCCUCAACUUGCUUUAGUACAAUAUUACAGAGAUUGAAAUGUUUCUGUUACUAGUAAACAGUCUGCAUUACAUUUGAAAUAUUUAAAUUAAGCAAUAUAAUGUUUUGGAUUGGGCCAAACCAGUUUGUGCAUUACGAUGAAAAAAUACCCAUCUGAACACCAUACUACCUUACCCUUAUGUGUUUUAAAAAACAAACACAAAAAACGUGAGAGAAAAAAACAUGCUUGUUUUACUUUUAGCAAAAAGCUCUUUCCUGUUCUGGGGUGACAACUGCCUCUACAUUGCUGAACACCUUGUGGCAUCAAUAAAGACAAAGUGCCCAAGCAAGUUA